UUUCGUGUGUUAUCAUGUGAGCCGAUUUAAUAAUGUUUUCUUGAAUAUUUGGUGUUGAAUGGAUUAUAAAAUUGUGUAAUAGUGAAAAGUGACCUAAUAAACCAUGGCGGACUUAAAAUCACCGCCGUUCAGUGAUAUUAAAAGACCUGAGGAAGUCGUCAGGAUGACGACGAACGAUAGCCUGAAAUUUGCAGUUCUUAUCGGGCUGAUUGAAGUCGGACAAGUGACCAACAGGGAGCUGGUGAACACCGUCCUGCAUCUGGUAAUGAGGACAGAAGUAGACGAUAGGUAGAAGAUAGUGGAGUAGAGCGAGGAAUCAAUGUGAAGUGAGGAGUAAAGUAGCUAGUCU